ACUCAUCCCGCGCGCUCUCGCGACGGAAAGGGAGAUGCUCUCAUCCAGCGUUCGCGCCAGCGCGCGUGGGCGGACCUCUCGCCCCCCCGCCAGGAGGACGACGUCGACGGCGGCGGCGAGCAUGAAUGGAAGAGCCGAAGCGGCACGUCAGGAUGGGGACUGGCGCGCGGGAGCUCUUCCUGGGCCCAUGGUCGGACGCACGGCGGUCAUUGUUCUGCCGAGUCUGCCUCUCGGCCAGUCGGGCUCUGCCUGGUAAGGCCUGGGGCCUCACCGGCGCCUGCGGGGCGGAGGUGCAUCCCUGCCCGCCGCCCGUGGAGCUGGCGCCCUGGAGCCCGAGCGGGCGGUGGACAUGGACACGUGCUCGGCCGCGGGGGGGGGCGCACGAACCUGUGCACACGGUCACUGCCUGCCGGAGUCCCAGAAGAGCGAUCCCCCGGGCCGUGGCCAUGGGCACACCCCCGCCUCGGGGCUCUGUCCUCGAUGAUGGGCCUGGAGGCGAGCCGGGCCGCUGCGCCACUGCUUGAAAAACGGCGGCCCGCCGCUCGGGGCGGCCGGCCUCCCGGCAGCGGCCUCGGCCAGCCGCGCGGCACAAACGGCUUUGGCCGGGUCCUUCGCUGCACGCCCUCGGCCUCCGCCUGCGGCGGCCCCGCGCCGCCUCCUCCCGCCCGAUUUAACGCCAGUGCCGCCGCUGUGCUGCGCCUCCCCGCGGGGAGCGGGGCGGAGGGAUGAUGGAGGGGGGGGCGGAGGGAAGAACGGAACGGGGAGGGAGGGAGGGAAGCGGGAAAACGGCUGGCGACAGGCGGUGCGGGCCGGAGGCAG